AUGCCUUCAGACAUCAAAUUCAACAGCUUCGGGCUCCCCUACCUCGUCGAGUUCGCAAACAUCUCUUUAAGGUCAAGGAAGGGCGACAAGGCCGCUAAGGCAGCGAAGGCGUCCAAGAAUACAUCCAAGGAUAAAUCAGGUCCACCUAAACCUCCUCCGAAGGUCCCGCCGUCUCCCGUCCGUUGUCCUACCUGUGGGCAUAUGCCAUCACAUACGUCUCCCAUGCGCCAUGUAGAACCUGAGAAACCUGCGAAGCCUGUGAAGACGGAGCCACCACGCCCAGGAGGCCUCUACAUAAGAUUCGCAUCCAGUCCAGGCACAGCAACUCAGAAAAUAUCCUCCCGACGCCUUGCGAAGCUGCGCUCCGCCAUCGAGGAGGCUGUAACAAAUGCUGGCAUGAUGAAGCCUUCACCUGACGAGACAGGAAGCGCUGCAGAUGUGGCGCUCGACGAUUCUGUGCGUAGCCGUGACACAGCGAGGAAAGAUGCAUCGAAAAAGGCUCUGUUCAAAGGCACCUACGGUCAGGUUAAACAGGCCCUCAAAGCUGCAGGCCUCGUCGCGACGCCUUGUAAUGAGAAUGGGUUUGAAAACGCCACGAGACUGGGCGCACUCUUCGUCGUUAACUCCAAUGGCUCUCCGAAAGACGGACUAGAUCUCACAAAACUGACAUUGUGGGGAUAA